CGAACUUGGUUAAUACCGCAUUUCACGCCGCACCUCGGAAGUCCGCCGGCGAGAUUCCGACCAUUUUUAAUAUUCACACUUCAGCACUGCUUAGUCUGUCCGGUCACUCAGGAGCUGGUCUCACUGCACAUUAUGACGGGAUCCAAUGGCUACUAUGCGCCAAAUAUGCGCGCCGUGCCUGCAGGCGAACUCAUAAAACCGCUCAGAAGAACUAACGGUACCGGUGUGCAGGCCGAGGACACGCGGAUAUGCGUCGUCAUGGUGGGCUUGCCCGCGCGCGGCAAGAGUCUGAUUGCACAAAAGGUUGUUCGAUAUCUGCACUGGCUGUCUAUCAAAUCGAAAACCUUCAACGUGGGGCAGUACCGUCGGACGGCGACGCCGAACCCCUCCGCCGAGUUCUUCGACCAGUCGAACCCCGAGGGCGAGCGGCUGCGGAAGGCUGCGGCCGAGGCCGCCGUCAACGACAUGUGCAAGUGGUUCGCGGAGGGCAGGGGCCUGAUUGCGAUUCUGGAUGCGACCAACUCGACCAAGAGCCGCCGCCGGUGGAUACAGGAGCGCUGCCAGGCCGAGAACAUCGAGACGCUGUUUGUCGAGUCGAAAUGCGACGACGAGGACCUCAUCAUGAGCAACAUCCUCGAAGUCAAGACCACGUCGCCCGACUACGUCGGCCAGGACCCCGAGGUUGCUGCAGCCGACUUCCGCAACCGCAUCCGCAACUACGAGAAGGUGUACGAGACGAUUGACGAGGACGAGCGCGAUCUCACCUACGUCAAGCUGAUCGAUGUGGGCAAGCAGGUCAUCAUCAACCAGAUCCAGGACUACCUCCAGAGCCGCGUCGUCUACUACCUGAUGAACCUGCACAUCAAGCCGCGGUCGAUCUGGUUAUCACGUCACGGCGAGUCCGAGUUCAACCUGACGGGCCAGAUUGGCGGCGACGCAGACAUCUCGGAGCGCGGCGACGCAUAUGCGCACGCGCUGCCCGGGCUGGUCGCGCAGUCGGUCGGCGACGGGCGCAAGCUGACAGUCUGGACGUCGACAUUAAAACGCACGAUCCAAACGGCGCGAUUCCUGCCGUUCGAGAAGCUCGAGUGGAAAGCGCUCGACGAGCUCGACUCGGGCGUGUGCGACGGCCUCACGUACGCGCAGAUUGAGCAGAAAUACCCCGAGGACUUUGCCUCGCGCGACGAGGACAAGUACAACUACCGCUACCUCGGCGGCGAGUCGUAUCGAGACGUGGUGAUCCGCCUCGAGCCCAUCAUCAUGGAGCUGGAGCGCAGCGAGAACAUCUUGAUCGUCACACACCAGGCGAUCCUGCGAUGCAUAUACGCGUACUUCAUGAACGUGCCGCAGGAGCAGAGCCCGUGGAUGGAGGUGCCGCUGCACACGCUCAUCAAGCUCACGCCCAAGGCAUACUCGACGCAGGAGGAGAGGCUGAAGGCCGACAUCCCCGCGGUCAGCACGUGGAGGGGAAAGGGCAGUAAGGCUGAGCACCAGCAGGCAGCGGAACACGCAUGAUGACGCUCCCUAGGCACAGUUUGACCGGGCCCGACGAUGGAGGUAUGGCAGGAUAGAGGCCGAUAGUCUAGCGUUCUGGCAUCCAUACACUUCCCAAUGCAUUG